AUGCAAGUGCGAGGUCACGAGUGCUCCGGCGAGGGCGGGAAGUUAGGUGGCAAUGGCGAUGUUGUGAGGAGCAGUGCCCGUGUCGGAGCCUCGUUGCCGUGGGUAGCAGAGGCAGAAGAAGAGCAGAGAAAUUGCGGCCGACCGGACUCCUGUUCAUGUUUUCUACGCCCGCUCGGGCAGCCCGGUUGCACCUCGUUGCCACACGCAUUGCUGGACAAUCUAGUUCCCUUAGAUUGCACCUUCCCCAAACAAACACUUACUCCUUGCCAAAACCUUCCCCUUCCCCCGUCUUCCCUCCACCUCAACCCCUUCCCAAUGUCUCGCGCCGCGCCGCCCCCCGCCGACCCCGUCUUCUAUCCGGUGAAAUGGGUGCUCGACGGGCGCGACGCCAGCCUGCCAGUGUGCAUGCAAGCACGCAACGGCCCGUGCGCACUUCUCGCGCUCGUCAACCUGCACCUGCAAUCGCGCGCCUUCUCGCUACAGCCGGGCACCACGCGCAUACGCGAGGACCAACUCAUGGACAUGCUCGCCGACUUCGUGUCGACCCGCCCGCCAUCCGGCUCGGCGACGGCCGAUAAGCUGCGCGAGCACGCCGUCGCGGACUUCCUGGACGUGCUGCCGCGGCUGGCCGCGGGCCUGCACGUCAACGUCCGCUUUACGGCGCCCUCGGCCUUCGAGUUCACCCGCGAGCUGGCCGUCUUCGACGUCUUCCCCGACGCCCGCUUGCUGCACGGCUGGCUGGUCGACCCGCAGGACACUCGCCUGGCGGAGGCCCUCGCGGCCCUGUCGUACAACCAGCUGGUCGACGAGCUGGUCCGCACGGCGUCGCCGCCGCCGCCGCUGCCGCCAGAAGCGCUCGCGCCGGAGCCGAGGUAUGACGCCCUCGUGCACGCUCCGUCUGCGCCGCCCAUCGAGGCCUUCGACCUCUUCGCUCACGGCCACCCGGACGACGCUUUCGACGGGCCAUACGUAAACGAGGCCCCGCCCGACCCUCCCGCGCCGGAGCCGAUGCCGCCGCCGCCGGAGCAGGAGCCGCUACACACACUGCGCAUUAGGGAGAUGCGCCCGUUUGUCAUGGACUUUCUGGAAAGCAACCCCACGCAUCUCACCGUGUACGGCCUCACAGAGCUCCACGCCGCUAUCGCAGAGGGCGGUCGCGCCAUUUUGUUCCGCAACUCACACUUUUACGUCGUGCACAAGCACCAGAGCGAGCUCUAUACGCUGGUCACUGACGAGGGGUAUCUGGACGAGCUCAAUACCGUAUGGGAGAAGCUCGCCGAUAUUAACGGUGACUCCACGUUUUACAACGGAAAGUUCCAGCGGAUAUCUCCAACUGGCGAGGUCGUAGGGGCUGCGUCGCCCAGAACGCCGGCGGCGCCAGCGGCCCCGGCCACGGCCCCGGCCCCGGCACCGCCGUCACAGUCCCUAGGGAGAUAUCCUUCGCAAACGCCACCGGUGGGGGCGGGUGUGGGCGCGUGGGGGCGGACGCCCCCGCUUGCGCGGCAGGCGCCGCACGGGCAUGCCAAUGUAUCGACCGCGGCGCAACGGCCGGUGCAGGCGUCGGGACGGAUGGCGAGGAGAAGCGCGGACAAGUGUGUAGUGCAAUGA